CCUGUUUCCACGAGAAUGAUUAUUACAGCCAUCGUCCUCGCCUGCAUAUUGACAUGCUUGUAGGUUGUGGUACAGAGCCCCUUGGUGCAGGUCGCAUCGUGGGAGGCACGGAUGCAGAAUUGGGUAGUUGGCCGUGGCAAGUGGCUUUGUUCAUUACAUACAAGAACAACACACAUUUCUGUGGUGGUGGAAUCAUUGAUGAACACUGGAUUCUGACAGCCGCAGACUGUGUAGUACAGGAGAACGAUACCUUAUCUGAGCCGGAAGAUUUGCACGUUAAGAUGGGUGUACUCUCUGUGAUAGAUUUAGAACCACAAGGCUACUCUCGUGAUACGAUUCGAAGACCUAUAAUUGGGACUUAGCAUUGUUGUAUUUAGAUGUGCCUAUUCCGUUUAGUUGUUACGUAUGACCGAUAUGCGUUAUGCAAAAUGACUUUCUCCGACCCUGUUGGGAGGGAAUGUGUUAUCUCGGGAUGGGGAAGUUUUGAGUACAAUGCUGAAAUAUCACAGAUUCUGCAGGAAGUACAACUGACCAUUUUGGAUGCAAACGACUGUUAUGAAUACUUUGUGCAUAAAUAUACCAGCGAGGCAACAGCGUACUCAAUGAUGUGUGCUGGGAAUACUGGUAACUGCACAGGAAUAUGCUUUGGAGAUUCUGGGGGACCAUUAGUUUGUAACAAAAUUGACGGUCGCUGGUACCUGGCAGGAAUUAGUUCAUGGAUGUAUUGUGGAUGUGGCGACUCGAAAUAUUCAUCAGGCUUCUCGCGUGUCACUUCUGCGCAUGCCUGGAUACAAGAAAUUAUUGCGAAUGAUUCGGAGCAAGAAUAGUGGAAAUCUAUAUAUAGAAUUAUUGCAGAAUUUAUCGAAUAUAUAUUAUACGUGUUAGUAUUUGAAUGGAAAUUAAAUGUUAAAUUAUAUUUU